AUGAGGGUGUCCUCGAGUCUUUUGCUUGCAGCAUCCUUUUUCUAUGCCCAUGGUGCUUUGUCGGCUCCUAGUCCCGACCCAAAGGCAGCAUGGGUUCGUCAGGGCAGAGCGAGAAAAGCUGCAUCCAAGAAUGGAAGACGUUGGUUAAAUGAGACGUCAACACCAUCGAUUGUCACCUCGUGUUCGGAAAGCAACUAUACCAAAGCAUCGGCUCCCAAAGUCAACGUUUGGGGAGGCCUAACCGAUAUUGAAGCCGCUUCGGUAACCCAAUGGUUGUUCGCCCAGCCGGAGCUCAAUCUCACCGUCAGUGACGAUGCUGGCGAAUGGGAUAACAGCGUCCUCUUGGUUGAGCUUAUGCAUCCAAAUAAGACCGACGUCUUGAGUUAUCUCGAUAACGCCGGUCCUGCUCCUCCUCGAUAUGCUCACGUCGUGUUGGACCACCGUGCCGCCGUUGACCCGUACUACCAAGAUAUCCUGGUCGGCCCAAUUGAGCCGUUCGGUGUGAAGAAUGGCACGACCAGAUGGGUACCUCUGGAAUAUCCCUACACUCGCAAGUCUGACGGUCGUGUGCGCAACCUUGAUGCCGAUGCUGACGAUACACUUUACUCGCAAUGGAUAUACAAGAUCAGUGCAACUAUCUCUGAUAUUACGCUCGAUCUAUGGGGAGGAGUUGCCCUUGGACGCGAUAACGACACUCUGGACAUCUGGGGCAUUGAUCCUCUCUGGCAGGACGACGGUCGUGUCGUCCGUUGGGAUGCUUUUUGGUCCAAUGCGGUCGACAACUUCGAUACUCAAACACUCCUGCCACUUGGUCUAUACUUCAGAAGUGAUGUAACUGGACGCGAUCCGAGCCAGUGGAAGCUGGAGGGCUGGUACUACAAUGGCAUAUUCUACGAAACGACAUCAGCAUUCAGAAAUGCUUACUAUACACCUGGAUUCGCUAAGCUGGGCGCCAAUGUUGAAGGCGACUGGGCCCGGACGGAUCAGAAUGGGCCUACUCUUCCAUUAGACACCUCUCACCCCCCUGCCUCCGUUGCUCCAAGCGGUUCUCGAUUUGCAGUUGACGCCGAGUCCAAAUGGGUCGAGUGGAUGGAUUUCUCCUUUUACAUUGGCUACCAACGUGACACGGGCCUCAGUCUAUGGGACAUUCGUUAUAAAGGCCAAAGAGUGCUAUAUGAAUUGGGCCUUCAAGAAGCACUGGCUCACUACGCUGGACAAGACCCGCUCCAAAGUGGUACCGCAUAUGGCUACGACUGUCCGGCAUACGCGACUUAUUUGAACACGUCCUUCUACGUCUCCGAGACAACCCACACACAUCUGAACAGUCUCUGUCUUUUCGAAUUCACUGCCGAUUAUCCCCUUCAACGACACAGUACGUCUGACUACGUCAGUGCAACGAAGAACACAUACUUCACGAUCCGCUCUGUCAGUACUGUUGGAAACUACGACUACAUGUUCUCGUACUCGUUCUACAUGGACGGCAGCAUCAAUGUCGAGGUGCGCGCUUCUGGAUAUAUUCAAAGUGCUUACUAUGCCAACAACGAUGAAUAUGGCUACAAGAUCCACGACAACCUCUCAGGCAGCAUGCACGAUCACAUCCUGAACUUCAAGGCCGACUUCGAUAUUCUAGGCACCAACAACACGAUUGCUGUAGUUAACCAGGUACCAGUCUCUACAGUUUACCCGUGGUCGAACGGCAAAGCACGAAACACCAUGAAGCUUGAGAAGUCCUACGUCGAGUCUGAGGAUCAGAGCCGUUUGUUCUGGGGCGCCAACAGCGCAACUCAAUACAGCGUUAUCAACAAGGAUGCCGUCAACAAGUAUGGCGAAUAUCGGGGUUAUCGUAUCUCUCCUUCUCUAGGUGCCAUUCACCUCACCGUAGAAGAUUCAAGUAAUCUGGCCAACGCAGCCCGCUGGGCAAACCACGACGUUCAGGUCACCAAGCAGCACGAUACAGAGCCGAGAGCAGCACAUGCCUACAACAACCAGGAUGUGCAUAAUCCGCCUGUUAACUUUGAUGCCUUUUUCAACAGCGAGAACCUCACGCAAACUGAUCUCGUGCUUUGGCUCAACCUGGGAAUGCAUCAUAUACCCCACACCGGCGACCUUCCCAACACAGUAUUCUCAACCGCUCACGCCGGUCUUUCCUUCUCACCUCUCAACUAUCUUGAGGGCGACCCAAGUCGUCAGACCGUCAAUCAGGUCAGAAUCGAGUAUGGAGGCGGCAAUGUGAGCGCUGUCGAGACUUUCGGACAAGAGCAAGGAAGCUGUGCUGUUGAGUACACACCUGUUGAGGUGGAUCUUUGGAAUUAUAAGGGUGAUGUAGUCGUCAGGAAGUUUCCUUUCGACCCAAACAACCCUUUCUAUGAGACUGAUAGCAUAGUGUAGAUUUCAGGAGUUUGAGAUGGUGGUGACCCUGUCACGAUGUAUAUAUGGAUCGCUUGUGAUCACCUGCAC